AUGUCACAAAGAAAGGGUUUACCUGGUGCGCACAAGACAUUUGGCGUUGUUGUUUGUGGAACGAUUGCCGUUGUAGCUGUUGAAGUCGUGUCCAUUCUGGGUGUCGUUACCGUUGAAGCGCUGUUUGUUAAUCCGGGUGUGGUCCGCCCACCCACAGUCGUUCCUCCACUGUUUGGUCCGGGUGUGGUCCGACCACCCACAGUCGUUGCUUCACUGUUUGGUCCGGGUGUGGUCCGCCCACCCACAGUCGUUCCUCCACUGUUUGGUCCGGGUGUGGUCCGCCCACCCACAGUCGUUCCUCCACUGUUUGGUCCGGGUGUGGUCCGCCCACCCACAGUCGUUCCUCCACUGUUUGGUCCGGGUGUGGUCCGCCCACCAACAGUCGUUCCUCCACUGUUUGAACCGGAAGUCGUCUGCCCACCAACAGUCGUUCCUCCACUGUUUGGCCUGGGUGUGGUCCGCCCACCAACAGUCGUUCCUUCACUGUUUGAACCGGAAGUCGUCUGCCCAUCUACAGUUGAUCCACCGUUGUUUGAACCGGAAGUCGUCUGCCCAUCUACAGUUGAUCCACCGUUGUUUGAACCGGAAGUCGUCUGCCCAUCUACAGUUGAUCCACCGUUGUUUGAACCGGAAGUCGUCUGCCCAUCUACAGUUGAUCCACCGUUGUUUGAACCGGAAGUCGUCUGCCCAUCUACAGUUGAUCCUCCAUUGCUUGCACCGGAUGUCGUCUGCCCAACUAUGGUUGACCCACCGUUGUUUGAACCGGAAGUCGUCUGCCCAGAUACAGUUGUGCCGGAUACCUUUGAUGAAUUUCCAGCUACCUUAACAUCGCCUCCACUGUUUCCGACUGAAGAGAAGAAAACUCAUCACCAGAUAGCAAUACGAUAA